AUGGACAAAGACAUUCAAUACCUGCUGUCUCUCCAAGCAGUGAGAAACAACUCGCGGAUAGUCCUCGCCGCCGCCCAGCGCGGGGAACUUCUCCACUUCGACUACGAUGCCUCGCGCAUGAACGACGUCGCCGACUUUGUGACCGAUGUCAUCAGGCGCGAUUACGGGCCCGACAAGUUCGACCAGAUCCCGCCUCACGGCCGCUGGCAGCACUUCGAGGCGGGCGGGGUCCCCCGCAUCCAGAACCUCUUGGAGCGCUGGCAGGCCGAAGGCUGCCACGACGCGACCGAGCAGACGAAACGGCUGAUUGACCUCUUUCUCGUCUCCGUUCUUCUCGACGCCGGCGCCGGAAACGUGUGGGCAGUUAAGGAACCUAUCGCCGGUGGCGCUUCGUACGGGCGCAGCGAAGGCACGGGAAUCGCCUCACUUUAUCUGUUUCUACCGGGCGAGCUGAGUUCCGACAAGUCAAAGAAAGAUACCGUGGAUGUCCGUCUGCCAGGCAAGGGACUGGUUGACCUGACCGAAGCGACCUUCAACAAAUACUUCCAGAUCACGCCGGAUAACCAGAUGCCUGGUGUGUCCACGCGCGUACAGCUUCUCAACAGGGUGGGAGCAUCUCUACUCAAUCUUUCGGAGAUAUUCGGUCCUACAGGCCGCCCUGGAAACAUAGUUGACUACCUCAUCAAGUCCAAGUCAGACUCUGGAACACUAGACUACGAGCUCCUGUGGAACAGCCUCCAGAAGCUUCUCAUUCCAUGCUGGCCCAGCAACCGCACUCGAGUCCACGGCCAGCCGAUCGGUGAUGCCUGGCCACUCAAGAUCCUCGAUCUCGAGGCGACCAAAAGCAACAACGUGCGGCCCGAGACCACAAUAGCGCCAUUCCACAAGCUAACGCAAUGGCUGGCAUACUCCCUCAUGGUACCAUUCACCAGACUGCUCGACUGCAAGUGGGUGAACGGAGAGCUAGGCACAGGUCUCCCAGAGUACCGCAACGGCGGCCUGUUUGUGGAUAUCCCGGUGCUUCGUCUGAAGCCUCAGGUUCUAGAAGAGGGGAAGAAGGCCUCGGGGCAAGAGCUUCCGGAGUUCCAGGACACCUCAGAUGUGAUUGUCGAGUGGCGAGCCAUGACUGUUGCGCUGUUGGACGAACUGCACCACCUCAUAGCCGCCAAGUUCGCCGCGGAAGGUGUCCAACUCACCAUGGCCCAGAUGCUCGAAGCGGGGUCUUGGAAGUCUGGACGGGAGUUGGCGGCCAAGUAUCGGCCCAACACCAAGUCGAGCCCCAUCCUAAUUGCCGGUGACGGGACGCUAUUCUGA